AUGGCGGGCGGCUCGCGCUGGCCACAGUACGACCCGGCCAGCUCCGCGCGCCUCUGGCCGCACCAGGCGCCCGACUCCGACCGCAUCACCGAGCAGCUCAUGUUCGUCCCACCGCCCUCCGACGAGCCGCCCCGGAUACGCAAGGUGCUGGUGUACAAUGGACUGGGGUCGUGGUCACCGCUGCGCGCUGGUCGCGACGCGUUCCAACACUGCCCUGUCAGCAGCUGCACCAUCACCACCAACAAAGCUGAAGCCUCGGACGCAGACGCCAUCCUCUUCAAAGACCACUUCGUCAACCCAGGCGUCCAUCGCCCCGCCAGGCAGGUGUGGAUCCUGUACUUCUUGGAGUGCCCGUACCACACGCAGCACGUGAAGCACAACGACGUGUUCAACUGGACGGCGACGUACCGGCGCGACAGCGACAUCGUGGCGCCGUACGAGCGCUGGGCCUACUACGACGACCGCGUGCGCCAGAAACCGCAGGCCGACUUCAACUACGCCGCCAACAAGACCAAGAAGGUCGCUUGGUUCGUCUCCAACUGCGGCGCUCGCAACAAGAGGCUGCAGUACGCGCACGAGCUGCAGAAGCACAUCCAGGUCGACAUCUACGGCGCGUGCGGGACCAAGAAGUGCCCGCGCUCCAAUGCCAACAAAUGUCUCGAAAUGCUCGACAGGGACUACAAAUUCUACUUGGCAUUCGAGAACUCGAACUGUAAAGACUACAUUACCGAAAAGUUCUACGUCAAUGGACUUAUGAGGAAUGUUCUGCCUGUAGUUAUGGGAGCAAGACCUGAAGACUACGCACGAAAUGCUCCAGAGCGUUCCUACAUCCAUGUUGAUGAAUUUGCCUCCGCUAAAGAACUGGCAGCAUACUUACAUCAGCUUGACACAGAUGAUGAGCUGUAUAAUUCUUAUUUUCGUUGGAAGGGCACUGGAGAGUUCAUUAACACAUACUUCUUCUGUCGUCUUUGUGCACUCCUUCAUGAUGAUUUCCCAGCCAAAGCGUAUCGUGAUAUAAAUGAGUGGUGGCGAGGUCCAGGAACUUGUACUAGUGGAUCUUGGCGAAAGGUUACUCAUGAAUAAUGAAAUUUGAGAAAAGAUGCUGAUUUAAAAGAGAAUCAGUUU